UGCUCUACCUGAUUGUUAGACAACUUCCAAAGUUCGCGUAGUAAACUACUUACGACUAAAAAAAACAAUAUGCAGAAACUCAUCGCUUUCACCGCUUUCCUGGCGUGCGCCGCCGCCGCUCCCGGGCUCCUAGUCGCCCACGAGGCGCCCGUCGUCCACUCCGUGCACGCCAUCCCCGUGGUGGGCUCCAAGACCACCAUCACCAAGAGCAGCCAGGUCGUCAACCACGGCAGCCCCGUCGUGCACGCCGUGCACGCUGCGCCCGUUGUGUCCGUGCACUCUGCUCCCAUCGUCCACGCCGCCCCCGUGGUGCACGCCGCCCCCGUCGUCCAUGCCGUCCACGCCGCCCCUGUCGUGCACGCCGCUCCCUUGGUCGUGAAGACCGCUCCAUCCGCCAUCACUCACAGCAGCUCAGUUGUUCACCACGGACAUGUCGUCAAGUCCGUCCCCCUGAUCGCUGUCCAUCAUUAAUCAGAUAUUUAGAAUAAAUUAUUAAAUUACUUAU